CUGAUGUGCGUGGAUGGCUGGGUUGGCCCUUCUCGCUUCCCGUCGGGGUUCGCGGUCGCGGAAUCUUCCCUGGGCUGCUGCGGCCGGUGGGCUGAGGGGAUACGGAGGCGGCGGCGGCGGCGGCGUCAUGCCUAAGAAGGGGAAAGCACAGAGUAAGGAUAUAGCAAAGUCUUCGGUUCCUUCAGGCCCUGUGGCAACAGAUAAAAGUGGCUCUGUUACCAUCUCUGUCCAUGCCAAACCUGGCUCCAAACAAAAUGCUGUAACAGAUGUGACAACAGAUGCAGUCGGUGUGGCCAUUGCUGCUCCUCCAUCCGAAGGGGAGGCCAAUGCAGAGCUAUGUCGCUACCUCUCUAAGGUCCUCGAGGUUAAGAAGAGCGAGGUUGUGUUGGAGAAGGGAGGCAAAUCUCGAGAAAAAGUAGUGAAGAUUUUGGCACCAGUGACUCCGGAUGAAGUUUUAGAGAAGCUGAGAAAAGAAGCUGCCAGCUGAGACAUUUCCAAAGCAAUAAAUGAGAAAAGUUGUCUCAGCAGGUCGUUUUGCUGAAGGUGAAGGACAAAGAAGGUUAUACACAGGAGAGCACAUUUUAAAAGGUGGCAGAGAUACCCAACGUGCAUCUGUAGACAACCGCAAAGAUGAAUUUAAGAGAGAUCACAAGGUGUGGAUACGCUAAUUUCAUAACACAAGGUACAAAAGCUAAUGUUAUUUGAGAGAGCUUCAGGACUCCAAUACUUCAUUAAUUGGAAAAGAUGAAUAUUGUGGUAUAACCGAUAUUAUUUUAUUGCCAUAAUUUAUAUUCUGCUUAAUUGACGUAAACCUCCUAAGUGGCUUACAUCGGACAAUAGCAACUAUUCAUUAAAAUCUCCAGUAAAAACAAAUGUUAAAAACCA